AUGGCGUGGUGUGACCGUGGGUGUCAGAUACUGCUGACCAUCGUGGGCGCUUUUACAGCUUUCAGUCUGAUGACAAUAGCUAUUGGGACCGACUACUGGCUCUAUUCUCGGGCGUACAUAUGUAACGCCACCAAUGUCACCACGGACGACAUGCAACCCAAGAAAACUAGAGGCGACCUGACGCACUCCGGGCUGUGGCGGAUUUGUUGUAUAGAAGGUACUUUGUCAGCUUUCUGGUGUAUUCUUUUGAGGUUUUUGCAUUUGGUUAAUACAGGAAAGUAUCUGAUAAAUGAAUAAUUAAAGUGCGUAAAAGUAGCACAUGUUUAGUUUGUGGCACCAGUUUUUAGUUAGUAUAGUGUAUUAUGAUACGACUUUGUGUGUUGGGGGCGUUUGAGGAAUCACUUAGGUGACAAAACCUUUUUGUCUACACUGAAAUAAACUGUCCAUGCACAGAGUGAAAAGUUGUUAGAGCGUUUGAUAGAACGCGAAGCGCAGCUGGAGGUGUAGGCUACUCGUACACGUCAACUCAGUGAUUGUGGGCGCGUUAUACCAUUAUGUAUCCCUGUGCGUAAUGCAAUGUAGUAGGCCUACUUGAUAUUUUUGCUUCGGAUAUGACGUUGCCUUGUUACCAUAUACUGUACAUGCAUAAUGCACGGCUGUAUGGAAGUGUGCAAUAAAACUAAUUCAUAGCCUACUCAACCCGUUUAUAAUCAAUGGCUUUCUUUUAGGAGUGCAAAACUACGAGUUCAACUUCAGACUUUUUAGAUGCACUUCUCCAAACGGUGGUUCUUUGUCCAUCCAGUUCAGUGUAUGUGAUGCUGUUGCUUGGCAACUACACCUAAGAAAUUGCUAUGGAAACAUGAGUGAGAUUUAGAAAUAGAGCUAUCUGCAAAUACGUUUAUAAGUGUAUGUUUUUCACCAACAAGAGAUGGAACGAAUAGAUAAGUUACUUUGCUAAGAGAGUUGCACAGCAAUGAAAGAUUCAGUCAACUUAAUUUAUAUUGUCUACCCAUUUGAGGCAGGUGCUGAGCAUUGUAUCUAUCGAUACAUCUUAAUCAAUACGAUCAAUCCGUUAAGUGGUAUCACAUCCAGAUCAAUAUAGCAUCUAAAUGACAUAAUGGAUAAUUAAUCGAUGUUGGAUCUCUACUUUUCCCCACCAAACCCCAGUCAUUUACUCAUCUCAAUUGAAGUAGCCACUAGCCAGCUCUUCCAUAUUACUUGCGUCACUGGCUAAAUCAACUACGUUAAUAAAUAUGCAGCAGCUAACCGCUGUAGUGUUGAGAUUAAUAAAUUGUUCUCCAGCGAACUGCAAGCGAACUGAAGUGCACUUAAGUAAAUUGGCCAGGGGAAAGAUGGACACUUUCACUUAACAUUUUCCUUAUCAAACCUUGCUAUAUGAUACAAAAGCGAUUUGUUAGGUAAAUGUUACUUGGCCUUAUUUCUUCUGUAGGCUAGCAAGUGAAGCAUUGAGUAAAAGGCGUUUCUUCAAAGUCGAAUCAAGUGCGCAUGAAGUUGCUAAAAAUCGAGCCUGCUGGUUUGGUGCUGUCCAUUGUGCGUGGUGCUGAAACGUGUCUUCACAAAGCGCAGCGGAAAGCGAUGACUCCCUUGAGAGAAUAUUAACGCCACUGGAGAAGACCAUUUCAACUUCCACAGUCAAUAUGUUUUGAGUAACAGCAUGAAUUACAAGCUACAGACUGAUAAGUUACAUUAUUCAGUGGCAAAGAAGAAUACUAACACACACACACACACACAGAACGAGAGAGAGAGAGAGCAAGAGAGAGAGUGCGAGAAGCCAAGUUUGACAAAAAAUAAAAUUCUCCCUCAUUGCUAUUCCAUGCAUGUCCACAGCUAGGCAACACAAUGUCAAGUGUCAACAUUACCCAAAAUCCUCUUUCCAUUUCUCCACCCUUUGUACUUUUCCAUACCUUUUCUCCAACCCCAAUCAUGACAUAACAUAUAUGUAGCCGACUAUAACUUACUAAAUUGGCCUCACACUGCUCUCCUCUUUAACGAAGUGUUCCAAAUGGAAAGCUCUUUAUUUAGUGCCUUGUAAAACAAAAUGUUCUUCGCUGCGGGAGAGCACAAGGGAGGCUUUUAAGACGCGCACGGAACGACUUGAGUCUUGUUCCCAACUCGCCUUAAAAUCAAACAAGAACUCCCACUUAACCAGCGCUUCCCUCCUGCGUUUCUCUCUAUGUCGACGGGAGACGAGAUGACGCACUUAAUAGUGAGAGAGAGCGACAAAGUGGGAGGGGUCUUAGUUCCUUCUUAGUGGAUAGACACCUGUUGAAUGACUAUCAAUCUCUCUUUCAGAUGAGUUCUUUCUUUGUGUUAUUGAAUGGCUUUUGAUUUUGAAUAGCUAUUGUUGCUUGCCAGACUGAAUAAGAAAGACUUCUUGAUGAUCAUGAGGAAGAUGCAUGGGUCUUGUUGGUUGUUUUGUUCUGUGAGGUAACUGUUGAAUUAUGUUUGUAAUAAGCAAAAGGGGGUUUGUGAGAGACUGUUUAUAGCUAGCAAAACACAUUUUUGAGGUUUAAAAACAUUGUGUUGUGGUUUUUGUAUAUGCAUGUGCAUGAGCACGCGCACCAGUCCCUGUAUGAAUGCAUUAGUAAGAUGUGAAAGGGCUCCUCUGAGAUGUAGGCAUGAAAUGUGCUUUUUGGGCACCAGGAGGAGGUUGCCAUGGCAAAGCUAUGCUGAGUAAUAAAGGAUGCACUGUUGUCUCGCAAGCAAACAGACUUGGUGUCCACUAGUUACCACAGCCACAAAGUCAAAAUUGGCUAUAUUGUAAAAAUUUAGUUCUGGUCUUAAUUUAAGAUUAGGCAUAAUGUUAGCAGUGAGGUUAAGGUUAUUGUUAGAUUCAAGAUCACAUUUUAAGAAGAGAAAUAGAAGGGUUUAUGACUCUGGUAACUUGUGUCGACCGACCGACAGACAGGGGAGAAAGAAAGUCUCUCUCUCUCUCUCUCUCUCUCUCUCUCUCUCUCUCUCUCUCUGCAAUUUGAGAUCAGCUUGGCCGGGAUUCAAUCAAAGACACACUGUCAACAAACGCAUUGCACUUGACUUUUAAAUGUAAUUUACACCUGAGCUGACAUCCACAUCGUUUACUGUCAAUGUCACAUCUAUGAACAUCAGGGAAAUUGUCUUUAAAAGUUUACAUUUAUGGCAUGACUGCUAUUGGGGGUACUCACCUCAGAGCCUGCAGGUCCAAGACUACUGCUCGUUUCCCUUUUCCGUGGUACUAGUUUUGAUUGUUUAAAAUAAAAUGUAAUUUGUCACAUGCGCCGAAUGCAACAGGUGUAGACUUUACCGCAAAAUGCUUACUUACGAACCCUUUCCCAACAACGCAGUUAAAAAGUACAAAAAUUAGCUAAUAAAAAUAUAAAAUAGUAACAGUAUAACAAUAAUGAUGCUAUAUACAAGGAGUACCGGUAUCGAGUCAAUGUGCUGGGGUAUGAGGUAGUUGAGGUAAUAUGUACUGUAGGUAGGGGUAAAAGUGACUAGGCAAUCAGGAUAGAUAAUAAACAGAGUAGCAGCAGCGUAUGUGGAGAGUGUGUUUUGUUUGUGUGAGCAUAUGUAGUGUGUGUUGGAGUGUCAGUGUAAGCAUGUGUGAAUGUGGGGGUAGAUUCCAGUGAGUGUGCAUAGAGUCAAUGCAGUAGUCCGGGUAGCCAAUUAAAGUCACUGAUUGGCCAUAGAUUCCACUCACCUGGUGUCCUGAAUCAGUUCCUGAUUAGAGGGGAAGAAUAACAAUCAGCAGUGUCUUGGAGAUACCAAUCAUAGAAAUAGAAUCAACACACACAGACCAAUAAACCACUUAAAAGACAUGUUUACAUAACUAUCGUCUCUCAUAAAUGAUUGAUAUCUGUUUUAGAGUGAAUUAAGUCAGAGCGUGAAGUAAGUCCCUGUUCAUUCGCAUACUUGACUUGAGUUCCCAACCUCUGGGUGAGGCAGCAAUUUCAGUGGAAAGUGAGAAACGUUUCAAUAUUCAUGUCAUCCCCAUGUUUUAUUCUCUUAAAAGUGCAGAGAACAUUUUCUUAACCAAGAGUCAAACUCUUUGAAUGGAAGGUGCCUUAGGGCUGAAAAACAUCAGAACUCUUUUGUGGGUGUGCAGACUGACGUUCCUGUCCUCAGUUGGUUUCAAAUAUGGGGGUGAAACUAAGCUCGCUACGUCUAGGGGUCCUAGGUCUACCUAAAUUGUCCAUAAUCUGAUAUAAAUGUGUUCAUUUCACGUGAGAAGUCAGUUAAGCAAUGCAUGUGUCCUUAUGGCAGACAGUGUACUCGGCAGGGUCCAGGGUAAGCUUGGUCCGCCAGGCCAAGCAGGUUAUCAAUGUUCAUGAAAAGAAACAAUCAAUCAAUCAAAUGUAUUUAUAAAGCCCUUUUUACAUCAGCAGAUGUCACAAAAUGCUAUACAGAAACCCAGCCUAAAACCCCAAACAGCAAGCAAUGCAGAUGUAGAAGCAUGGUGGCUAGGAAAAACUCCCUAGAAAGGCAGGAACCUAGGAAGAAACCUGGAGAGGAACCAGGCUCUGAGGGUUGGCCAGUCCUCUUCUGACUGUGCCGGGUGGAGAUUAUAGGAGUACAUGGCCAUUUAAGGCCAUAUUGUUCUUCAAGAUGAUUCAAUGUUCAUAGAUGACCCGCAGGGUCAAAUAAUAAUCACGGUGGUUGUAGAGGGCGUAACAGGUCAGUACCUCAGGAGUAAAUUUACAUUUAAAAUGUAAAUGUAAAUGUCAGUUGGCUUUUUAUAGCCGAGCAUUCAGAGGUCGAGACAGCAGGUGCGGUAGAGAGAGAGAAAGAGUCAAAAACAGCAGGUCCGGGACAAGGUAGCAUGUCCGGUGAACAGGUCAGGGUUCCCUAGCCACAGGCAGAACAGUUGAAACUGGAGCAGCAGCAUGACCAGGUGGACUGGGGACAGCCAGGAGUCAUCAGGCCAGGUAGUCCUGAGACAUGGUCCUAGGGCUCAGGUCCUCCUGGGGGGGAAGGAGAGAGGGAGAGAGAGAGAAUUAGAGGGAGCAUACUUAAAUUCACACACGGGCAUAUCAAAUGAAAAGUGUCCAAGCAAACACAGGAAAAUGCUUCCGGGAUGGGAGGCUACUCAAUUUACCUCUCACUCCACCAUUUACUGUCAAUAACUUGCACCUACCUGUAAGCAAGGGUUGGAACCGGUUCAGAACAGAAAACCAGAAAAUACAUUUGUAGUAACAGAAUCAGAACCGGGAACGAAAGUGAUAUAUACUGUGCCGGAACAGAACCGUUAUUUUAAAAGCAUGGGAACCAGUUAAUAAUGUUAAUUUUACAGCUUCUACCCCCAAGCCAUAAGACUGCUGAACAUUGAAUCAAAUGGCCACCCAGACUAUCUGCAUUGACACCCCCUUUUGUUUUUACACUGCUGCUCUAUCCGCACUGAUUGGUGAAGUAAUUUAAUGUCGAACUAAAUGUAAACAUUUCAGAGGUUUAAAAAGGAACAGAAAGGAAGAAUAUAAACCGUUACUUUUUUGGGGGUCGAACCAGUUCAGAACUUUAUUUUGCAGGUUGGAACAGGCAGGUUCCAACCCCUGCCUGUGAGCAAUCACUCUUUCUUAACCCUGUUGGCACUUAAAAGGACCUAGCCUGGCCACUGCUGCCCCUAGUGGUGGGAUGUGUAUAUUGAAAAUGGACUGUCUAACUGUGUACACUAACCGCUAGAAUACCUAAUUUCCUAGCAGUGAUAGAAAAUGUCCCUUGCAGAUUGAGAAUCCUUUUAAAUAAAUGAAUAAUUCACAGGUUAAAUUAUUUGUUUUGUAUGGUAAUCAGUGGGGUAACAACAAAAUAAUCAGCAUUAUAAUAGGCAUCUCUUGUUUGGCAAUCAAUUUGUAUUGUCAUUUUUAAUUACGACAAUUAAGCAACCCCAAUGUACGGUAAAUAUGCAAUCUCUAAGACUUAGUGAGUGCCUUUACAGCUCAACACAGAAGUGCAUUGAGUAUUGUGAACCAUUUUAGCUUCACUUCCUCUGUGACAUGUCAUGAGGCAUAAUAUAUUUUUCUAAUGUGCAGACAUUGUUCAUGUAUAACCAUUGUUGAAUUAGUAUAGUGUUGUUGUAUAGUGUUCUCUCAACUCUCACUUACCUUACCUGCUACGCCCCCUAUGGACAUUAUUUAUCCUGCUGCUCCCCUGCAUGUUGGAGUUCGAAGCCUAAGUUUUUCACUGUACCUUGCAGUCACACCUGCAACCCUGUACAUGUGAAUAUUAAACAAUCUGAAUCUAUGCUCUAUUGGAGUUAACACAUACAGUACCAGUCAAACGUUUGGAAACACCUACUCAUUCCAGGGUUUUUCUUUAUUUUUACUAUUUUCUACAUUGUAGAAUAAUAGUGAAGACAUCAAAACUAUGAAAUAACACAUAUGGAAUCAUGUAGUAACCAAAUAAUUGUUAAACAAAUCAAAAUUGAUUUUAUAUUUGAGAUUUUUCAAAUAGCCACCCUUUGCCUUGAUGACAGCUUUGCACACUCUUGGCAUUCUCUCAACCAGCUUCAUGAGGUAGUCACCUGGAAUGCAUUUCAAUGAACAGGUGUGCCUUGUUAAAAGUUAAUUUGUGGAAUUUCUUUCCUUCUUAAUGCGUUUGAGUCAAUCAGUUGUGUUGUGACCAGGUAGGGGGAGGGGGGGGGGGGGGGGGGGGGGGGUAUACAGAAGAUAGCCCUAUUUGGUAAAAGACCAAGUCCAUAUUAUGGCAAGAACAUCAGUACUUUAAGACAUGAAGGUCAGUCAAUGCGGAACAUUUCAAGAACUUUGAAAGUUUCUUCAAGUGCAGUCGCAAAAACCAUCAAGUGCAAUGAUGAAACUGGCUCUCAUGAGGACCACCACAGGAAUGGAAGACCCAGAGUUACCUCUGCUGCAGAGGAUAAGUUCAUUAGAGUUACCAGCCUCAGAAAUUGCAGCCCAAUAAAUGCUUCACAGUGUUCAAGUAACAGACACAUCUCAACAUCAACUGUUCAGAGGGGACUGUGUGAAUCAGGCCUUCAUGGUCGAAUUGCUGAAAAGAAACCACUACUAAAGGACACCAAUAAUAAGAAGAGACCUGCUUGGGCCAAGAAACACGAGCAAUGGACAUUAGACCGGUGGAAAUGUCUCCUUUGGUCUGGAGUCCACAUUGGAGAUUAUUGGUUCCAACCGCCGUGUCUUUGUGAGACUGUCUGUGAUUUAUUUAGAAUUCAAGGCACACUUAACCAGCAUGGCUACCAGAGCAUUCUACAGCGCUACACCAUCCCAUCUGGUUUGGGCUUAGUGGGACUAUAAUUUGUUUUUCAACAGGACAAUGACCCAACACACCUCCAGGCUGUGUAAGGGCUAUUUUACCAAGACAGAGAGUGAUGGAGUGCUGCAUCAGAUGACCUGGCCUCCACAAUCCCCUGACCUCAAUCCAAUUGAGAUGGUUUGGGAUGAGUCGGACCACAGAGUAAAGGACAACAAGUGCUCAGCAUAUGUGGGAACUCCUUCAAGACUGUUGGAAAAGCAUUCCAGGUGAAGCUGGCUGAGAGAAUGCCAAGAGUGUGCAAAAAUGUCAUCAAGGCAAAGGGUGGCUAUUUGAAGAAUCUCAAAUAUAAAAUAUAUUUUGAUUUGUUUAACACUUUUUUGUUUACUACAUGAUUCCAUAUGUGUUAUUUCAUAGUUUUGAUGUCUUCACUAUUAUUCUACAAUGUAAAAAAAAUAGUAAAAAUAAAGAAAAACCCUUGAAUUAGUAGGUGCGUGUCACGCCCUGGCUCUGGGGACUCUUAAAAGUUGAGCCAGGGUGUGUAGUGUCUAUGUUGUAGUUUCUACGUUUUUUGUUCUAGCUCGUGUUUUCUAUGUUGGCCAGGGUGGUUCCCAAUCAGAGGCAGCUGAUUCUCGUUGUCUCUGAUUGGGAACCAUACUUAGGCAGCCUGUUUUGCACAGUUGAUUGUGGGAUCUUGUUCUGUAUAGGUUUGUGUUGGUGAACCUUUAGACUUCACGUAUCGUUUUGUUCAUGUUGGAAAGUACUCAUUAAAAGAUGUACGCCUAUCACGCUGCGCCUUGGUCUGCCUCUUACAACGAUCGUGACAGUGUGUCCAAAGUUUUAACUGGUAGUGUAUAUAUAUAAAAAAUCAUUAGCCAUGUUUCAAAUGUCCACUAACCUGCAUGAGCUGGAAUCCACUUCUCGACCCUUCUCUGUGAAGUGUGCACUGUUUUAUAACAGACUUUCUGUGGUUCUUUUGACUCCACAGGAAUCUACAAAGGAAGCUGUCUUCGGAUCAAUCACUUCCCAGAAGAUAACAACUAUGACACAGACAGCUCGGAAUACAUCUUACGUAAGUGCUUGUCUCCCGCCAUCACAUCCGGAUGUCUUUUCAUCCUUUGUCAUCGUGUGUAAAGCACACAAUGCCCAUAGAUACACAAUGGUUGCCCAUAGAUACUCAAUGGUUGCCCAUAGAUACUCAAUGGUAGCCAGUGGACAUGGGGUGCUUUAUCUGUCAUAACUCUCUUGGCCCUGGCCCAUAACAGCAUGAUGUCAUGAGAGUAAUUGGAGCUAUGUAGAGACAGACUGUGAUGGCAUAAGUCCUGGGUUGAUAUAGAGCCAUCAGUGGUGAAGAAAUUACCCAAUUUUCAUACUUGAGUAAAAGUAAAGUUACGUAAAUAGAAAAUGACUCAAGUAAAAGUGAAAGUCACCCAGUAAAAUACUACUUGAGUAAAAGUCUAAAAGUAUUUGGUUUUAAAUAUACUUAAGUAUCAAAAGUAAAUGUAUAAAUAAUUUCAAAUUCCUUAUAUUAAGCAAACUAUUUUUUUUACAGAUAGACAGGCGCACACUCCAACAUUGACAUAAUUUACAUAAGUUAGGGAGUCCGCCAGAUCAGAUGCAGUAGGGGUUACCAGGGAUUUUCUCUUGAUAAGUGUGUGAAUUGGACUAGUUCCCUGUUUUGCUAAGCAUUCAAAAUGUAACGAGUACUUUUGGGUGUCAGGGAAAAUCAAUGGAGUAAAAAGUACGUUAUUUUCUUUAGGAAUGUAGUGGAGUAAAUGUUGUCCAAAUACCCCAAAAAACGACUUAAGUAAAAAUGCUUUAAAGUACUACUUAAGUACUUUACACCACUGAGAGCUGUGUUUAAGAGUGGUGUGAGUAAGCAGAGGGUGUCUCCAGUAUGACUGAUAGAGGGUGUGCUAACCGCUGCUAGCACUCUGCCUGCUGUGUAUUGGCAACACCCUUACAAAAAUAAAUGUAUAAAACGAUGCUGUCAUUUUUAUAGAACUAAGAAAAAAGGGCUUGUGUCAUAGUUUUAUUUAACUUUUAAAAAAUAAACUUCAAAACUGUGUGUUAGUGACGAUGCUAAAAUGUUCUAGUCCUUUACAUGUGUUGGCUACAUGCAUGUAAAGCAAUAGCAGCCAAAAUGGUGCACACUUCUCUGUACAUCCAUAAUGGAUUGACACCAGAAAAUGCACAGAUAGUGAGUUAGUGACGAUGCUAAAUGUGCUAAUGCUGUAAACAUGCUAAUCAUCCUAAACAUACUAAUGUUGUAGUCAUGCUAACAUUGUAAACAUGCUAACCAUCCUAACUGCUAUGUACUACACAGGUAUAGUGCGGGCCUCCAGCCUCUUCCCAAUCCUGAGCAACAUCUUGUUGUUGCUGGGAGGACUGUGUGCCGGGGCUGGGAGGAUCUACAGCAAUAGGAACAACAUCCUGCUCAGCGCCGGCAUCCUGUUUGUGGCUGCAGGUAGGUGGCAUCACACAGCUAUUGACAAUAUUGCAAUGGCGAAUCCCUGCAUAUUUAGCAUUGCCUUUCAGUUGACAUUACCCACUAAUUUAUGUUUACAUAUACUGUAUAGAUUUUUGAAAACACUAAGCUACUAUAUGGGCAAAGCCCUACAAGUCCACCUCUCAGUUCUACCUCUUUCUCUAUGUAUCUCCUCAGGUCUAAGCAACAUCAUCGGCAUCAUCGUCUACAUCUCCAGUAAUGCCGGUGACCCCAGCGACAAGAAGGACGAGGACAAUAAGGCCAGCUAUGGAUACGGCUGGUCUUUCUACUUCGGAGCUCUGUCCUUCAUCGUGGCCGAGUCCGUCGGCGUUCUCGCUGUCAACAUCUACAUCGAGAAGAACAAGGAAACGCGGUGCCGGGCGAGGCGUGAGUUCAUCAAGACCACCUCGUCCAGCUCGCCCUACUCCCGUAUCCCUAGUUACCGUUACCGGCGGCGACGCUCCCGUUCUAGUUCCCGCUCCACCGACCCGUCCCGAGAGACCUCACCCGUUGGGGUGAAGAUGGGAGGAGGAGGGGGAGCAGGCAUAGGAAGUGGAGCAAGCUUUGGGAUGCCCAUGGGUGGGAUCUCCAUGUACGCCCUCAGUAGGGACUCUAUGAAAAGUGGGAUAGCUGGGUACUGUAGUCCAGAGCGUGACACAAGCUUCCUGCAGGUCCACAACUGCUUCCAGAAAGAUCUGAAGGAGGGUGUGAACAGGAGAACGACACCCGUAUGA